AUGAAUCGACCUAAAACAAUGAAACCUCAAGUCGAGACUCGUACGGUGACAACCGACGGUACAUUUGAAGGUUUUGCUGAGUUUCUGAGGUCCGAUAAUCCUGCCGACCUUGUUGAAACGGAGCUGAAUUACGAACACACAUUAACUGACCCGCGUUGUGACCCAGAGGAGAAUGAGUACGAGACGGAUGGACCUCACGAAUUUCGGCUUAAGAAACGAAAAACUACGACCGUAAUGGAGACAUCGCCGAUGGGACAACCGUCUUCAGUUGGAGGUGAAGAACAAGUUGUAGAGGACUUAGUGAUACAUCUGAGUGAUUCGGUCCGCGAAAUGUUUGCCGGGUGGACAAUGUCGUGGAAAUUUGCUAUCGAUGGAUACAACGGUAAUGGUCGAGAAUCCAUCUCCGAUACCCCCGAAGGAUCCCGUAUCUUAAGCAGCCAUUCUCUGAAAUAUUCUGAGACUCAACACAUGGAUAAAACAAAGCGUAAAAGAGAUGAGAUAGAAAAACCUAGCGAAGGACUAUACUGUGAUGAUUCCGAUGACGAUUGGGAUAGUGAUACAGAGGACGUUGAACCCGAAAAGAAUGCCACGUUCAAAGCAACCAUUCAUGUCACAGGCACAUCGAUACUGAUUGUAGAUUGUAGUCGAAGAACAUACCAAGCCUUUAUAGACUAUGCAGUCUGCGGAGCUCUAUACUUCGCCCCUCUGAGGUCUACAUACCAAGUAUAUUGCAAGGCACUUUCCAACCCGGCGGAGGAAAACGACCAAUUACCACCACUCCCCCUUUGGCCUGUAUGGGCUGAAGCUUACUGCACCCCUUAUACCAUCGUACCCGGCUUCAAGACUCCCUCUAGCCCAAAGAGUCUCUACCGCCUGGCCGAUAUGUUGAUCAUUCCACAACUUAAGGCUAUAUGUCGACAGCAAAUCAGCAAUUCCAUACAUGUGCAAAAUGUGAUAUCCGAACUCCAGAGCUCAGUUUUUGAACAGCAUGAGGAAUUGCGUGUGGACGCCUAUAAAUUUAUGCGUAAUACCUGGCAUUUAUAUCAAAGCUCAGAGAUCGUUCCUUUUCUCGCCAAUAUGUCUGAAGCAGAGGCUGCUCUGGUUUUCAAUCACAUACUUAAAAAUCUUCCUGUUUCAAACUCUUUGCUUCAACCCGUUUAA